UUUAUUAGCGGGGUAACAAUGCACAUGCUUAACACUGGGAAAUCUUGGAGGAGGUAUGUGGCUGCGCUGUUGUUUAUUUUUACAUUUGUGGACACGGUUGUUGCUGUUACCCAUUAUUCUGUACCCGAAGAAUUAGAGGAAGGGUCGGUGGUGGCCAAUUUAGCUUCCGAUCUAGGUUUAGACGUGAAGACUCUGAGUCGGCGCAAGAUGCGGUUAGACAUCAUAUCCAGCAAAAGAUAUCUGGAUGUGAACAAAGACACAGGGGAGCUUUACAUCGUUGAGAGGAUCGACAGAGAGUUCCUCUGUGCCAUAAAGACACCGACAUGUUUCCUGAAAAUGGAGGCUAUUGUGGAAAACCCGCAAAGAAUAUUUUACAUCGAAAUUGAAAUAACGGAUAUUAAUGAUAACGCUCCUCACUUUCGACGAGACACCAUAAACUUGGACAUUAUGGAAUCAACCCCAGCUGGCGAGAGAUUCUCUGUUAAUAACGCAGUGGACCCAGAUUUAGGAUCGAACUCCGUUAAAACAUAUCUUCUGAGCGAAAAUGAGCACUUUGAGAUAGAAAUUCAAACCGGAAGGGACGGAUCCAAAUUUGCUGAUUUAAUAUUAAAGCAGGGUUUGGACCGAGAAAAGCAAGCAGUGCACAGUUUAGUACUGACUGCUGUGGAUGGCGGAGUCCCCACUCGCACGGGAACGGCCAGUAUCAUUGUCCGUGUGCUAGAUACUAAUGACAACGCCCCAACCUUCGUCAAAGAUAAUUAUGACGUUAAUAUUAUGGAAAAUUCUCCUGUAGGAAGCCUUGUUCUGAAGCUGAAUGCUUCAGAUUUAGACGAGGGGACAAAUGCACAGAUUGAAUAUACAUAUAGCCUGUACACAUCCGAAAAGACACAAGGGACAUUUAACCUGAAUCCGUCCACUGGCGAAAUAACAGUGAAGGGAAUGCUAAAUUAUGAAGAUAUUCGGAACUAUGAGAUGGAAAUUAUAGCUACGGAUAAAGCGGUCAAAAGUCUUUCAGGACAGUGCAAAGUAAAGAUUUCUGUGACAGAUAUGAAUGAUAACCAUCCAGAAAUAUCAAUUAAAUCAUUUCAGAGUCCAGUCAAAGAAAAUGUGCCAUUAGACACAGUGAUAGCUGUAGUUAGUGUCAGUGAUAAAGACUCAGGAGACAAUGGAGUGGUGGAUCUUCAUAUUCCACAUAAUAUGCCUUUCAAACUGAGGGAGUCCUCUGAUAACUAUUAUGAAUUAGUGGUGUCAGAGCCGUUAGACCGUGAGAAGGUCCCAGAGUAUGACGUCACGUUCACCGUCACAGACAGAGGUUCUCCUCCUUUAUCUGACAAUGAGACUAUGACGUUAGAGCUGCUGGAUGUUAAUGACAAUGUUCCACAGUUCCCUCAGUCGUUUUAUACUAUACGUGUGAUGGAGAAUAACGCACCUGGGGCCCUGCUCAGCUCACUCACUGCGUUUGACCCUGACCUCCAUGAAAACCAGUAUCUGGUUUAUUUCAUCCUGGAGAAGGAGAUAGCCAACACCUCCAUGUCCAUGCUGUUCUCCAUCAAUCCAGAGAACGGGAAUCUUUACGCACUGAAAACUUUUGACUAUGAGAUCGAGAAGGAGUUUCUUUUCCACAUCGAGGCCAGAGACUCUGGCUCUCCUCCUCUCAGCAGUAACGUCACCGUCCACAUCAUCAUCGUGGACCAGAACGACAACGCUCCGGUCAUUGUGUCUCCGUGGCGCGCACACGGCUCUGUGGUGGAGGAAAAGAUCCCCAGAUCCACCGAUAAAGGCUCUCUGGUUGCCAAGGUGAUAGCAUUGGACACCGACUCGGUGCACAACUCUCGGAUUACCUACCAGUUUCUACAGGUGACUGACGCCACCUUGUUCAGUCUGGACCAAUACAACGGAGAGAUCCGGACUAUGAGGAUGUUCAGUUACAGAGAUCCGCGCCACCAGAGACUGGUUGUUAUCGCCAAGGACAACGGGCAGCCUGCUCUCUCUGCUACAGUCACCAUCAAGCUGUCCACAGUGGAGACUGCCGUGAAGGCCUACUCUGACCUGACUGAGGUGCCUCUAGAAUACGACAUCUUCUCGGACCUCAACCUGUAUUUGGUCAUCGGUCUGGGCUCGGUGUCUUUUCUGCUGCUCAUCACCAUAUUGGUCACCAUCGUGCUCAAGUGUCAGAAACCCAAGGCCAGCAAAGCGGCUCCUCCCUGCAGGAACAGUGUGCUCAGUGAGAGGAACUCCACCAUCGCAGACUCCACUCUGGUGUCCAACGAUGCCUACUGGUACAGUCUGUUUCUAGCAGAGACCAGGAAAGGGAAGCUGGUGGUCAGACAGCCUGUGCCAAAGGGCUCCAGAUACAUCGUGUCCAGUUUACCGAGAGGCACAGGGCUGACAGACACUAGUGACUCAGCUGCUUCUACUCUGCAGGUGAGACUCUUUUGCUGCUCCCACCCCGGUGUCGUCUGUAAUACAAUAUGCGAGCUGUUCAAUGUAUAAAUGGUUACUUUUUAU